AUGGCCGACUUCACUGAAUAUGGUACACCCAGCGCCGAAUGGGUCGCCCUCGAGCCUACGCUGCCUGAGCCCCCCGAGAACCUCUCGGUGGAACAGUUGAAAGUGUUGUUGAACAAAACCCGGGAGGCAUCCGCCGCGAAAGAUAUGCUCAGCGGUCUCAGCGCUGCAGUUCAGCUGCAUGACUAUACAAUCACAGCCCGUGACGGCAUGUCUCUUGAAGCACGCACCUACCGCCCCGUCGGCAUCCCAAUCUCCGAGCGCCUGCCCGUUUACAUCCACCUUCAUGGCGGAGGUUUUCUUAUCGGAACACUUUCUUCUGAAGAUGCCAUUUGCUCGCGGAUUGUCACUUCGCGUGCCCAGAAGGGUACCCCAGUCGUAGUCUUGAAUAUCAACUACCGACACACACCCGAAUAUCCCUUCCCCACUGCUUGGGAGGACGUCGAAGAUGCAUUUGUCUGGCUACAUGGUAACAUUGCCGAAAUUGGCGGGAUCAGCGAGCAGGUGGUUGUGGGUGGCAUCUCAGCUGGUGCAUGGAUGACUGCGUCGUUGGCACUGGCCCAGCUCCGCGGCGAAGAUAAGCGCUUAGCGGCCUGCCCCAAGAUUGCAGGACAGGUCCUCAUGAUUCCUUGUGUUGUGCAAUGGGACCACUAUGCGCCAAGGCUGGAGAUGCUAAAGAGUCCUGAUUUGUCGAGCUAUGUGCAAUGUGCCAACGCGCCUAUCUUGCCAGUGGCUCAAAUGGACUUGUACAAAGAUCUUCUUGGAAUUCUUGAUACCAAGGAUGCUGUUGGAGAUCGUCGGCUGAGCCCUGGAAAUGCCCUCGCAGAAGAAGUCAAGGACUUGCCUCCUACUACGUUGGGAAUCGCGGGAAAUGACCCAUUGAGAGACGAGGGUCUGUUCUAUGGACAGCAUCUUGCUGCAAACGGCAUCCCCACUAACGUUCAUGUCUUCCCCGGUGUGCCUCAUGCAUUCAGGAUGUUCAACGAGCAGCUGUCAGAGAGCAAGAGAUGGGACGAGGUAAUGAGUGACGGUAUUGCCUGGGCACUGACGAAUCCUGUACCUGGUCCAUUUGAGAUCAUAUCCAUGGCAAAAGACUGA